UGGAUCUUUCUAAUAACAACUUCACCGUCCAUUUCCCUCUUCAGUUUUAAACUUGACAAGUCUUCGAUACUUAGAUUUGUCUCACAACUCACUGAAUGGCACAAUACACUCUUGGGUGUUUAGCCUCCCUUCCUUACAUGAUUUGAAGCUCCAUCAUAAUCAAUUCAAUAGAGUGGAAGGUGAGAUCAAAACAAACCCAACAUUAGAGACUAUAUAUUUUAAUCAUAAUCAACUCAAUGGUCCUUUUCCUCGAUCACUUGUGAAUCUCACUAGCCUAGCCUUCCUUGACUUCUCAUCAAAUAUGAUCACCGACGAUGUGAGAACAAAUAUCACCUUUCCUAGACUAUCAGCUUUGUUCUUAUCAUCUUGUGAACUGAAGGAUUUUCCACAUUUCUUGAGAAAUGUAAAGAAUCUUUCACGUUUAGAUCUUUGAUUCGUGGUCAAAUCCCUAACUGGUUUACAGGCAUGAGGUGGACCUCUUUGGAACAACUAAACCUUUCACGUAAUCUUUUGACAGGCCAUCUAGAACAAUUUCAUUAUGAUAGUCUGGAGUCUCUUGAUCUUAAAUUUAACUUCCUUCAGGGUCCACUACCUUCAUCCAUAUGUAACCGAAGGAGCCUCAGAAUACUGAAUUUAUCACGCAACAACUUCAGUAACUCGAUUCCAAAUUGCUUGGGAAGCAUGGCUAAGCUAACGGUGUUGGAUUUGAGAAGUAACAAUUUCAGUGGGAGUCUUCCACUGUUAUGUACUCAAAGCACUUCAUUGACGACCAUUGUCUUGAAUGGUAAUCAAUUUGAAGGAUCUGUGCCUGCGUCAUUACACAACUGUGCUGGUUUAAAAGUUCUUGAUUUGGGGAAAACUCUAUAAAUGACACAUUUCCAGCUUGGCUUGGAACUCUUGAAGAGCUACAAGUCCUUAUAUUAAAGUCGAACAAGUUCCAUGGACCUAUAAGUGCUAGAGAGAAGUUUGGAUUUCCCCAGUUGCGAAUUUUUGAUCUCUCUCAUAAUGCAUUCAAUGGCUCACUGCCUGCAGAUUUUUUUAGAAACUUCAAGGCAAUGAUGAAAAAUGGCACAGACAAAAGUGACAGUAGAUAUAUGGAAUUUUCAUUAGACAUAAGAUAGUCCUACCACCUGAGUUCGAGCUAAUCAGCAAUAAUGAAGUGGACGAGGAUUCAGUGAGGUUGGUGAUCAAAGGAAACGAUAUGGAUCUAGAAAGAAUCAGCACAAUUGAUACAGCCAUAGAUCUCUCAUGCAACCAUUUUGAAGGUGAAAUUCCAAAAUCACUAAAGGAUCUCAGCUCACUUAGGCUACUCAAUUUAUCCCAUAACAGUCUCAAAGGUUCUCUUCCAAUGGAAUUGGGGAAAUUGAAUACACUUGAAGCGUUAGAUCUCUCUUGGAAUCGGCUCACUGGAAAGAUUCCACAGGAAUUGACAGCAAUGAACUUUCUGGAGUUCUUAAACCUCUCUCAAAAUCAUUUCGUUGGACGCAUUCCUCAAGGUUCACAAUUCAGCACAUUUGAAAAUGACUCAUAUGGUGGCAACCUUGAUUUAUGUGGUCCUCCUUUAUCAAAGCAAUGUGGAACAAGUGAUUCAUCGCAUGUUCCUCAACCAUUGGAGGAAGAAGAAGAAGAGUCCUAUUUUUUUAGUGGAUUUACGUGGGAAUCUGUAGUCAUAGGCUACAAUUUUGGACUCGUUGUUGGAACUAUCAUGUGGAGUCUCAUGUUUAAAUAUCGUAAGCCAAAAUGGUUUGUGGAAUUUUUUGAUGCACUCAUGCCUCCCAAAAGGAGGAGGUCAAAGAAGAGAGCUCAGAGACGACGAACUUAAUGGAAGAUUGAAAGCAUUUCCUUUUAUUUGUUUGUAUAUGCUUGCUUGAUAUAUAGCCAUAUAAUUGUAUGUAGCAUUAAUGUUUUUAUCUCUGUUUCAUUUUAUUUUCCAACUGUACUGAGUAAUUAGAAGAUUGCAA